CCACUCCCCACCAAACCGAAUCACACAAAGCCACGCUUUUGGUUCUCGACCCAAAAGGAUGCUUCUCGCCUUUAGACAACAAAUGUGCCAACAACAGUCGUCGUUUUGAAACACUUUGGAGUUUCCUCUCUGUCCCAAGGUCACCACAUAACGUGUGAGGCGAUUACUCUGAUACCAGGUCAAAUAAAAACGAAAACCAAUCAUGACCGAUGUGGCACAAAAAGCCGAGAUACUUCUUUCUUCGUCUAAAGCAGUUCAUAAAUCAUAUGUGCCGAAACUUGGCAAGGGUGAUGUUAAGAGUAAGUUUGAAGCUAUGCAAACGGCCCGGGAAGAGAGAAGCCAGAGGAGAUCUCGAGAAGAAAAGAAAAGAAGAAAUGAACAGUAUAAGCGGGAGAAAGAAUGGACAAAGAUAAAACAAGAGCUUAGGGAACUUCUUGCAUCAGAUGAUGAAGAUGAGAACAAAUCAGAUCAACUGAAGAAAGCCUAUGUUCCUAAACUGACAGGGACGGUUAAGGGCAAGUUUGCAGAAAUGGAAAAGGUAAGGCAAGAGGAAGAGAGGAAGAGAACGGAAGAAGAAAGAAAGAGAAGAAUUCAGCAGGACAUAGUUGAAAAAAAGAAGCUGCAACGCGAGUUGGCAAAAAGAGCUGCAGAGGACGGUGAAGAGGUUUCUGCGCUGGAUAUGCCUGAAGCAGCUCCGAGCACACCAGGCAAAAUAAAAGUAAACUUUGAAGAUUUGGAAAAAGCACGAGAGGAGCAAGAACAAAGAAAAUUUGAGCAGGAGAAAAAAAGGAGAUAUGAAGAGAACAGACGUUCUUUUCGUGAUGCUAAACGUCAUUCAACAGCUCUCUCUGAGGGGGAUGAAGAGCUCAACAGUGGAACUCCCAGCAAGGAUGAAAUCCGUCCUGGUAAAUUAAAACUCAGCUUUGAAGAAAUGGAAAGACAGAGGCAGGAUGAGGAAAAGAAAAGGGCAGAGGAGGAAGCAAGGAAACGAAUUGAAGAGGAAAAGGCAGCAUUUGCUGAGGCCAGAAAGACUCUAGUUGACGAUGAAGAUCCUUCCAAUACUCUCACAUAUGCGAAAGACCCAGCAAGACCUGGGAAGCUUAAACUAAGCUUUGAAGAGUUGGAGAAGCAACGUCGCGAAGACGAACAACGCAGAGCAGAGGAAGAAGCUCGGAAACGUUUAGAAGAAGAGAGAAAACAAUUUGCUGAAGCUCGAAAAAGCAUGAGUCCAGACCAGGAUAGCAUUCUGAAGGAGCAUGAAAGUUCAUACAUGGAGGAGUUUGGACCAGACAAAGUAUUUGAUGAUGAACCAAAUGAUCAAACAAAAAUGUACUCAGAAUCUGAUGAACUACUUCCUCCACGCAAACUAGAGAUUAAUUUUGAAGAGCUGUUGAAACACAAGAUGGAGGAAGAGAAAAGACGUACAGAAGAGGAACGAAGGCAAAAGAUGGAAAUGGAAAAACAAGAAUUUGAACAAAAGCGACAGGAAAUGGAAGAGGAUGAAGUGAAUGAGAGCAAUGAAGUUUUGAGUUCAGAGUAUGAAGAGUUGAUAAAGCUGAAACGAACUGGCUCCAUUCAAGCAAAGAACUUAAAGUCAAAGUUUGAAAAAAUUGGCAAGUUAUCAGAAGAAGAAAUACAGAAAAAGAUAGAAGAAGAGAGAGCCAGAAGAAAAGCAAUGGAUCUUGAAAUAAAAGAAAGAGAAGCAGAACGAUGUCAAGAGGAAGAGACAAAUAUGGAAGCAAACCAAACCAGAAAAGAUGACGCUCCAUUUACUCAAAAGGUUGACAUGAAAGCUCGCUUUGAACAAAUGGCAAAAGCAAGAGAGGAAGAGGAAAGGAGAAGGAUUGAAGAACAGAAACGUUUACGAAUGCAAUUUGAGCAAAAAGAAAUUGAUGCAGCAUUGCAGAAGAAAGGGGAUGAAGAAGAGGAGGAAGGGAGUAUAAUUAAUGGAUCAACUUGUGAGGAUGAUGAAGAUGAACUUGUACGAUCUGGAGCUCCGUGGUUCAAGAAACCUCUCAAAAACAUGUCUGUUGUAGAUAGUGAGCCUGUAAGAUUUUCUGUUAAAAUCACUGGAGAGCCUAAACCUGAAGUCACUUGGUGGUUUGAGGGCGAAAUGUUGCAGGAUUGUGAAGACUAUCAAUACAUUGAAAGAGGAGAUACAUACUGCCUCUAUUUACCUGAAACUUUCCCUGAAGAUGAAGGAGAAUACAUGUGCAAAUCAGUCAAUGCCAGAGGCACUGCUGCUAGUACUUGCAUUCUCACCAUUGAAACUGAUGACUACUAAGUGCUCUACUCUACUCUACUGGAAUUUCCUUUCUGUUCUCAACUUUCUUCCUAUAUCCAUCUUUUCUUUGAUGGGGGCCAAAAAAAAUCCCAUUGCCCUUGGAAAAGUACUGCAGAGUGAACUGUCAUUCCUCUUAGGGUUAAACAUAGCCUAGGAAAUUGCAUGGAGGUUUACAUGAUUUUGUUCAAUUCACCAUUUCAACUGAUUAUCUAAAAUUCUUAUUUAAUGAAAGCUAUUAUAACUACACAUCAUGUUGCAUGGUUGAACAGUGGAACCCACUUGUAUUCACCCAAGAAAAGCUCUCAAUGUGUCAAUUUUAAGUAAGUUUUGUCCUGUAACAAAAUUGCUGGCUUUUAACAGGACUCUUAUUGUAAUUGUAUAAAGAUCUUUGCACACUGAAGCAAACUGCCUUGGGUUUUCAAACAUGUGUAAAAAAAUUCUAUCAAAUGUAACAUAAUGUUCAAUCACGAAUAUAUAUUCAACAAUUGACCAAACAUUUGGGUACCUGCACAGAAAAUGGUUUAAUUUAACCACUUUCACCACUGUGAGUUACCUUAACGCCUUACAUACAAAUUGUUCAUGGGCAGGGUUCUUUCAUGCAACCUUAAAUCAGAUACGGUCUGGGAGACAAGUUUGUAUGCUGGAGAAUUUCUGACCCACAGAUGAUUUUUAGAAAUGUUCUUCAUACAGCACAUACUUUUGUAAAAUUUGAUUUCUGUUCAAUUGUACUGAAUUUUCUGAUACAAUUUAAAAUGUACUUAUGAAAGUGUUUUCAUUGGUCCUCUUUAUUAUGUGACAAAGUAUACCGGGUAUAUACAUAUUGUGACUUCGGGGGUACAGAUAUAUUCUGAUGGUACCUAUGAAAUCACCACUGCAUCCAAUUUUUUUUAGUGAUCUGGUUUAAGUCAUAAGACCUGGGGAUUAUCUCAAUAUGCAAGAGUAAAAUCAUAUUCUUACUUGGACAGGAAAGCAGACAACAAAUAAUUUUUUGCUCCUUAUUGAUCAGUUGUGGUUUAGUAAUGUUGCAGAAAAUAUCUUCGUAACAAAGAGAUUUGUCACUCCUUUGAAGGUAGUCUAAUCUUUUUUUAAAAAAUCUUCCCAUAGUUAAGUUUCUAUACCAAGGAUCAAAACUCAUUUGAGACUGGUCUCCCAGGCUUCUGUUAAAGCCACUCUAAGUGCAUGUGCAAUUUUGGUAAGACCUCUAACACCUGAGCCCACAUGCCCUUCUGAACAUGGAUGUUGAAACCACAAAUAUACCUGCUGGGGAAUAAUAUAAAUUACCCCACUGCAAACUUUUAUGUGACAUUUCCUGUGGCACUUUGUUGUGUUCUUUCAGCUUCACACAUCUUCAGCCAAGACCAGUUAUGUUAUUUGUGGUCAUCUGCUUUCUUGUAAUAAAGUUUAGUCACAGUUGCUUUCAUUUGAAGCCUGAUGGUCUCAUUUACAAGAUCAUUUGUCCAAGUCAUCAGCUUUCAUGCUAGAUCUAUUCACUUGCAAUCUGUGUCAAAUUUCAUUUCAGUUUUCACAAUACUUUGUUGCUAUUUACACAAUUUUUAGUGCAAUACAGGAUUUUCCACUUUCAACGUGUAACAUAGCCUCGGAAAUCUAAGCAGUAAUGGACAGUAAACUGUGCCCCCACACUCCCCAACCCCAAGGCGGGUGUCAGCUAGAAUUAGGGGUAACUCCAAAUUCUAAAAUGGACCAGUGAAAAUCAGUGCACUGUAUUCACAAAUCCUUUGAAACAAAAAUUGGGUAUCCUACCACUGCAUUACUAUUUGGCUUGAAAUAUUUAUCUUCACAAGAGAGCAUGUUCGAUUUCUCUGAAUUUAUUCAAGACCACGCCAAUUUUAAGCAUUUUUAUAAAGGCCCCUUUUCAUCAUUUGUACUGUAUAAUUUGAAUAUAAUUUAGCACAUGCAAACAAAUCAGCAAGAUGACAACCUAAUUUUGACCUGCAAAAUGAUUUAAUUUGCGCAAAACGGUUAGCUCUAAGUAAUUCCUUCUAAAAACCAUCUGUAGUUAGCUUCUUCAGUCUCCAAACAACAGGUGAAAUAAUAAUCUAUUGCAUAUUACCUACAAAACAGCCAGGCUAUCACUCCAUAAACCUUAGCAAGUAGAUAACUUGCCUUUAAUGGAAAUAAAUGCUAUACAAAAGAUGAUCAGAAAUGAAGGUUGUUAUAUAGGCAAAUGUGGUAGCUAAUCAGCACCUCAAUCACAUGGCAGAUGGAACCUAAAUUAACAGCAACUAAAUUUUGUGUCAGAGUUGUUCACGGAUUUAAGAUUCACCGAUGUUGCAAUUCCACUACCAAUUUGAGAUCUAUUCCAACCUGCUGCAAUGAAAAAGUGUAGUGAAAUCCGGUUGGUCAACAUAGUGAUAAAUUGGGUGAAUAUAAUGAUUUAAAUAACUCCUUCCAAGUGUAUUAUGUAGAAUUAAUUACGAUGCAAGAAUUAUUUAAUAUUAGCAGUUGCACACCUUCUAAUGCAAAGCUAAAUUUGAUGAAAAUCCCAAAUCUCCAAAUUGGACACUGCUGAUAUUUGAUGGAUACUAUACAAUAAAGAAUGGAACAUUCACGUUA